GCACUGGAGACCUUAAGGCCCUCAGGAAGCUGCAGAUCGGCGGAGAGGGUGAUUUCUGCGACUGGCCCGGCAUCCGCUGUGAUGACCAGGGCUGCGUCGUGGAGAUCACUCGCCACGAUGCGCAGGGCGACUUGCAUGCCGUGGCAUCCCUGCGGCAGCUUGAGCGCCUGGACCUCUCCAACUCCAAGGUCUCUGGGGACGUCGCGGCCCUGAGCGAGCUUGGACUAAUGCAUCACCUCGAUCUCUCCCACACAGGGGUCUCCGGGAAAGUCGAUGCCUUGCGCAAUGGCACGCAACUCCAUCACCUCGAUCUCUCCCACACACGCGUCGCAGGGAGCCUCUAUGCCCUGCAGGACGCCCGACAACUCCAUCACCUCGAUCUCUCCCACACAGGGGUCGAAGGGGACCUCCAUGCCCUGCACGACCAAGUUUUCGAUGAUCUCGAUUGGGACAUGAUCGACCCUAACGACCGACAUCUCCAUCACCUCGAUCUCUCCCACACACGCGUCGAAGGGAGCCUCUAUGCCCUGCAGAACGCCCGACAACUCCAUCACCUCGAUCUCUCCCACACAAAGGUCUCUGGGGACGUCGAUGCCCUGCACUACGCCCAACAGCUCCAUCACCUCGAUCUCUCCCGCACACUUGUCGCAGGGAACCUCGAGGUUUCCGACCUGCCGCUCAAGCAUCUUGGCCUCUCAAAGACGAAAGUCAGUGGCAGUUUGGAGAACUUGGAGAACCUCACAGGGCUGGAGGUCCUGAAUCUGGCGGAAUGCAACAUCAGUGGCCAGUUUGCGAACCUGUCAAAGAUCGGGGGCUUGAGGGUGUUGGACGUCGCUGACACAAAGGUAGAGGGAAGCCUCGAGGAUCUGAGACACUCCCAGAGCCUGCAGCACCUGGUCGUCCUUCGUCUACAGCUCUCCGGCGACCUCGAGGCCUUGAGCGGUGCGACCGAUCUCGAGAUCCUGGACAUGAAAAACAGCCAGGUCACGGGGAAUCUGGAUGCCUUGCAGGGGAUGAGACGCCUCCGGGAGGUGGACCUGCGCGAGACCCACGUCUCCGGCAGCCUCAAAUUUCUGGAGGGCAAGGGGAAGAUGGAGUCCCUGAAUUUGGCACAAACGCAGGUCGGGGGCGAGCUCGGCCCCUUGCGAGGCCACGCUGCGCUCCGCCUGGUGGACUUGCACCGAAGCCAAAUCGCUGGGGAGCUCGCACCCCUGAAGAACCUCAGAGGGCUCCGAGACUUGGACCUCGCCGAAACCGACGUCUCUGGAAGCCUGGAGCCCCUGGCAGGGCUGACUCGAUUGUGGCGGCUGGUGCUGGAUAAGACGAGGCUGUCGGGCCCAUUGGCUCCUCUGCAACAUCUUACCGAGCUGCGGGUGCUGGAUCUCCACGACACGACCGUCUCCGGAGACUUGGUGGCUGUCCGGCUUCUCAGCCAACUCAAGGACUUGGACGUCAGCAAGACCGCUAUCUCCGGCGACCUCGCUGCGGCUCGGGAGCUCACAAAGCUCGAAAAGCUGCUGCUGGGCAGGGUGAAGAACAUUCACGGCCGGCUGGAAAGCCUGGAGAAUCUUACGGAGAUGACGACUCUGGAGCUGUCUAAGACUCAAGUCUCUGGCAACGUCAGCGCUGUAAGAAAAUUGCAUCUGGCCGUCUUGGAUCUCCAGGAGACGGGAGUCUGGGGCAACCUCGAGGUCUUCGGCCCGCUGCCCCUCAACGUCCUCAACCUCCGCCAGACUGCAGUCUCGGGCACUGUGGCUGAUCCUGGGUUCUUGUUAAGGAGAGGAUGGGGGUUGCUUGCACACUUGGACCUGAGAGCCACCGCCGUCGGCGGCGAGCUGGCAGAUAUCGCAAAGCUCCGGGGCCUCGAAACGGCGCUUUUGUCCGGGACCCGGGUGAGCGGCGGGCUGCUUUCCGACUUGCAGAGCUGCUGCAAAGACCUGCGGGAGCUGGAUCUCGCCGACAGCCUGGUGGGUGGCCUACGGCCUUUGGGAGAGGAGCAGAAGCCGCCCCGGCUGCUGCCCUCCCUUGAGCGCCUGAACGUGAGCGGCUGCCCGCUGAAUGGCACUGCCACAGAGCUCUUGGUUCCCCUACUGGGGACACCGCUGAAGAGCCUGGCGGCCGCCCGCAGCGGCCUGCGUGGUGAGCUGCCAAACCAAACCGAUGGCUGGGUCAGCCGCUUGGACAAAAGCCUGGAAUACCUGGACCUGGCAGGAAAUCCGCUGAGUGCCGUUCCCCGCCUUGGCGCAAGCGUAACGUAUUUGGAUCUCAGCAGCAAUGCUGGCCCGAUGAAACUUGGCGACGGCGUGCUGACCCAGGUGGUGCUGAACCACACAGAGGUGCACAUGGAGGGCACGCGCCUGCAGAACCCGGAGGUGGUCCAAGAGGAGGCACGGCGUCUCAAGGAGAAGCUGCCCAUGCAGGACUCCAGGCGAACCUUGCACGCCGAGGGCUACGCCUGCGCUCACUUCGCGCUCCCCGCGCUGCGCGUCACCCCGGAGCUUUUCCUGCCGCAGUACAUGUGCAAGUGCCAGCCCGGCCACUUCGGAAAGGGUGCCACCUGCGAGGCCUGCCCUGCCGACACCUUCGCAGAUGAGGAUGACCAGCCGCAGUGUGAGGCGUGCCCAGCCAACAGCACCUCGGCCAAUGGCUCUGCGGCGCUGACUGCCUGCGAUUGCAGCUAUGGCAAGCCUCGGGGCGAGAAGGGCAACCGGAGUUGCCAAUGUGACGCUCACACGGCGCAGCUUGGUGGCCUCUGUGCGCCAUGCAGCAAACUCCACAUCGACUGUCCUGAGCACGGCAGCAUCGCAGCACAUGCUCCGGUGGAACAAGGCUAUGCCCGCAUCUCCGGCUCCCUUCAGGUCUUCCGCUGCUUAGAGGCAGAGCGUUGCACACCCUUCACGGAUUCGGGCUGCGCAGCUGGACACUCCGGCCCCCUAUGUGUGGAGUGCGCUCCUAACUACCACUCCUUCAACUUCGGCAAGCAGUGCGACGAAUGCCAGAGCCUGCGCCAGCAGUCGGUGGUCUUGGUCUUCGUGGUCUCCCUGGGAACUCUGGCGCUGAUGGGCACCGUCGUCGCCGCAGGCUGCCUCCUGAGGAGCUACAUCCCAAAGCCUGGCGCGGUGUUGCUGCAGCUGGCACAGCUCUGGGCUCUGCUGGCGCGCCUGACGAGCGCCAGGGAGGCACAAAAAGUCUUGCAGGAAGUGGUCGCGUACAAUGUCACCGAUGACGUCCCCGCCCCUGUGGAGUUGAACACGGAUCGGGACCCGCUUUUUUCCUACAUCGAAAUCCUACAGUUCACGGGCUCGGAGUUGCAAAGCUUCCUGGACUUCCAGUGCCGCUACGACGGUGCGACGGUCCGCGGCAUCUUCGCCCUUGUCACGCCCCUCCUUCCCUUGCUGGUCCUGGUUGCAUGCGCCUGCCUAGAGCUUCGGAACCUUGGCAUGGGCAUCCAGCUGGCACUCCGCGCCUUGACGGUCCUCUUCGUGGGAGGCGCCUCCGGCGCGGUGAAGCUGCUGGGCUGCCAGCGCACCGACGGUGAAGGCACCUGGAUACCAGACGACCUGGCCUUCCGGCCGCUUUUCCCGUGGCUCCGGUGCUCGAAGGAGACCGCCGCAGCCGCCUGGGUGGACCGAGUCGGCUGGAGCACUGCCGCCGUCUACGGCGGAGCGGUGCCCUGUUUCCUCGCCUUCCUCUUCUUCAGGCAGCACCGCACCAUGCGGCAGUGCAAGACCUUCUUUGUCGUCAGUGCCAACCAGGAGAGCGGCAGCGUCCAGCUGGAGCUCACUGCAUGCGCAAGGUCGGAGCACUUCGAGGAGGAGCUCCUGGCAAGGCGCCUACUUGGGGCUGCAGCGGCCCACCUGGCGGUGCAGAGGCCAGGAGAAGUUUUGGUGGAGCUGCACCAAAACGUGGUGAUUGUCACAGGGCAAAAUGGCAUCAGUCACGAAGAGAAGAGCAGCGGCUUUUCUUCCAUCUCGGCUGAGAGCUUCAUGGAGAGCGACAUGAAAGACACCGUGCUAGCACGGAACUACAUGAUGCAGAUGCUUACGGAGCGCAGCAUCUUAGAGGAGAUCCAAUCAGACAGAAUGCUGAUCGGGGCGAAGCAACUUCUUUGCAAGUACGCCUACUGCGGCGGAGUGUGGAUGGAAGUCGCUCUGAAACUGAGCUCCGCGUGCCUCGUUUCCGUCGUCUCUUCGAGGGAUGGCCUGUGGCUGUCCGUGGCAAUCACCUUUGGCAUGGCUGUGAUCAUCGGCAGCGUGCGGCCCUUUGCUCAGCCCCAGGUGAACGCUCUGCAGAGCUUCAGCUUCUGUUGCCUAGCUCUGGCCGCCGUGGGAUUCGCACAUCGCUGGAGCUCUCUGACCCACUUGGCCCUCCUGGCGCCCCUGGUGCUGACGGCGGUGCAACUCCUGCGCCCGGACUCCCCGGAAGCCCUGGCCCUGCGGCUGCAGCAGGAGCUGGCGAAGCAGAUCGAACCUUUGCGGCGCGGUGAGAGCGUGAGAGUCCGCGCGGAAGAAGUGCGGCUCAUGGCAUCCGCAGUUUGUUCAGUCCUUUCUUCCAUAUCUCGCAUCUCAUGGCUCUCCGUGGCGUGCCUGGUCGUGGCCCUGGGCCCGAGCUUCGGCGUGCGCCCUGAGAUCUUCGCAGAGCUCGCGGCGAGUGCCGGCGUUUCUUGCUUGCAGCUCUGCCCUAUGACUAUAGCUGCCUCCCGCACUCUGACGCAAGACACCGCGAAGGCCAAGCGGACGGAUCGACGUCGGCCUUGGCCCCUUCUGCCCGAGGCUCAGGCCAGAGCCAGCAGUGUGGCUGAGACGGAGACCACGAAAUCCCCGAACUGCACUGGAGACCUUGAGGCCCUCAGGAAGCUGCAGAUCGUCGGAGAGGGCGAUUUCUGUGCCUGGCCCGGCAUCCGCUGUGAUGACCAGGGCUGCGUCGUGGAGAUCACUCGCCACGAUGCGCAGGGCGACUUGCAUGCCGUGGCAUCCCUGCGGCAGCUUCAACGCCUCGACCUAUCCAACUCCGCGGUCAUUGGGGGCGUCAACGAGCUGAGUGGGCUUGGACGACUCUAUUAUGUCGAUCUCUCCCACGCAUGGGUCCUCGGAAACGUCGAUCACCUGCAGCACGCCCAACAACUCCAUCACCUCGAUCUCUCCCACACAAGCGUCAUCGGGCAUGUCGAUCACCUGCAGCACGCCCAACACCUCCAUCACCUCGAUCUCUCCCACACAAAGGUCGCAGGGAACCUCGAGGUUUCCGACCUGCCGCUCAAGUAUCUGGACCUCUCAAAGACGAAAGUGAGUGGCGGCUUGGAGAACUUGGAGAACAGCACUGGGUUGGAGGUCCUGAAUCUGACGGCAUGCAACGUCAGCGGCCAGUUUGCGAGCCUGUCACAGCUCCACAGCCUGAGGACGUUGGACGUCACUGACACAAACAUAGAGGGACGCCUCGAGGAUCUGCGACACACCAAGAGCCUGCGGCACCUGAUCGUCCCUCGUCUACACCUCUCCUCCGGCGACCUCGAGGCCUUGAGCGGUGCGACGGAUCUCGAGAUCCUCGACUUGCAAAGCAGCCAGGUCACGGGGAAUCUGGAUGCCUUGCAAGGAAUGAGACGCCUCCGAAAGGUGGACCUGCGCGAGACCCACGUCUCCGGCAGCCUCAACUUCCUGGAGGGCAAGGGGAAGCUGGAGUCCCUGAAUUUGGCACGCACGCAGGUCGCAGGCGAGCUCGGCCCCUUGCGAGGCCACGCUGCGCUCCGCCUGCUGGACUUGCACCGAAGCCAAAUCGCUGGGGAGCUCGCGCCCCUGAAGAACCUCAAGGAGCUCCAACGAUUGUACCUCGCCGAAACCGAGGUCUCUGGAAGCCUGGAGCCCCUGGCAAACCUGACUCGCUUGGUGCGGCUGGAGCUGCAGAAGACGAGGGUCUCGGGCCCACUGGCUCCUAUGCAACAUCUUACCGAGCUUCGGGAGCUGGAUCUCCACGACACGACCGUCUCCGGAGACUUGGAGGCUCUCCGGCAUCUCAGACAACUCCGGCAACUGUACCUCAGCAAGACCGCGAUCUCCGGCGACCUCGCUGCCGCUCGGGAGCUCACAAAGCUCAAAAAACUGGUGCUGGGCGGAGUGAAGAACAUUCACGGCCGGCUGGAAAGCCUGGAGAAGCUUACGAAGAUGAUGCAUCUGGAGCUGUCUCAGACUCAAGUCUCUGGCAACAUCAGCGCUGUAAGCACUUUGCAUCUGGUCGUCUUGGAUCUCCAGGAGACGGGAGUCUGGGGCAACCUCAAGGUCUUAGGCACGCUGCCCCUCCGGAUCCUCAACCUCCGCCAGACUGCAGUCUCGGGCACUGUGGCUGAUCUUAGAGGAGGAUGGUUGCUUCAAAAGCUUGAACACUUGGACCUGAGAGCCACCGCCGUCGGCGGCGAGCUGGCAGAUAUCGCAAAGCACAGAAACCUCCACACGGCGCGUUUGUCCGGGACCCGGGUGAGCGGCGGGCUGCUUUCCGACUUGCAGGGCUGCUGCAAGUACUUGCUGGAGCUGGAUCUCGCCGUGCGGCCCUCAGAGAGCCAAGUGGGUGGCCUACGGCCUCUGGGAGAGGAGCAGCAGCUGCCCCAGCUGCUGCCCUCCCUUGAGCGCCUGAACGCCUGCAGCUCA